AUGAGUGACAAAGAUGCAUUGAUUGUGCCAAGAUUUGAUGGAGACUACGAACACUGGGCGAUGCUGAUGGAGAACCUCCUCAAAUCCAAAGAGUGGUGGGAUCUCAUUGAAACUGGGAUUCCACAGAGAGCAGCGAAUGUGAUCCUCACUGGACCACAGAGAACGGAGUUAGCAGAGAAGACGGUGAUAGAUCACAAGGUGAAGAAUUACCUGUUUGCCUCGAUAGACAAGACGAUCCUCAAGACGAUUCUCAAGAAGGAGACAUCGAAGGAUCUGUGGGAGUCGAUGAAGCGAAAGUACCAAGGGAAUGAUCGAGUUCAAAGUGCGCAACUGCAGAGACUGCGCAGAGACUUUGAGGUACUCGAGAUGAAGAUUGGAGAAACCAUCACGGCGUAUUUCUCAAGAGUGAUGGAAGUUGCCAACAAUAUGAGGAAUCUAGGAGAAGAGAUGCCAGAUUCAAAGGUGGUUGAGAAGAUUAUGAGAACUUUGGUUGAAAAGUUCACAUAUGUUGUGUGUGCCAUUGAGGAAUCGAAUGACAUCAAAGACAUGACGGUGGAUGGCUUGCAGAGUUCGUUGAUGGUGCAUGAGCAGAACCUGAGCCGUCAUGUUGGAGAAGAACAUGCCUUGAAGGUGGAGGGUCAAUGGAACACACAAUAUGGCAGAGGAAGAGGUAACUACUCAAACAGAGGAAGAGGUAGAGGAGGCUACCAAGGGAGAGGUCGUGGCAACACAUCAAAAGAAAUGCUGGAGUGUUACAAGUGUCACAAGAAGGGACACUACAAAUCUGAAUGUCCAGAUUGGGACAAAGAAGCGGCAAACUAUGCCGAGUUUGAUGAAGAUAUGGUGUUGAUGGCUCACGUCGAUCUCAAGGACGAGGAGGAACAUGUCUGGUUUCUUGACUCAGGAUGCAGUAACCAUAUGUGUGGAACUAAGGAGUGGUUCACUGAGUUUGACAGUGAGUUCCGACACAACGUGAAACUUGGUGAUGACAGAAGAUUGGUGGUGGAAGGCAAGGGAAGCUUGCGUUUAGAGAUCAAUGGCAUGAUCAGGGUGAUUACAUCUGUGUACUAUGUGCCUGGGUUGAGGAACAACUUACUCAGUAUUGGGCAGCUGCAGGAGAAAGGGCUCAGAGUAAUCAUUGAGGACGAUGUAUGUGAAAUUUGGCACAAGCAACAGAAGGAGAUGGUGAUGUACUCAACUAUGACAAAGAACAGGAUGUUCAUUGCUCUAGCUAAGGUGAGAAGUGCAAGAGAAGUCGUAGAUGGGAAGUGCCUACUUGUUUCAGAGAAAACAGAGAAGCUAUGGCACAAGAGGUUUGGUCAUCUAAACUAUGGAGGAUUGAGAAUCUUGGCUGAGAAGAAGAUGGUGAAUGGACUGCCAAUCUCGGGUCUAGAAGAGACGGAAGCUGCGUGUGACAUCUGCUUCAGGGGAAAGCAAAAUCGUCACAGCAUUCCAAAGAAGAGUGAUUGGAAGUCAACAAGGGUGAAAACAAGAUUUUUAGUAGAUCCAAACCCUCAAAUCUCUGCUCAUAUCAUUGCAGUAUAG